CAACGCCCUUCGCCUUGCCCGCGUCCGCCCCCGCUCUCUGCCCGGUGCGGGGAAGAGGGGGGUGGGGCUCGGCUGCGCCGCGCCUGCGCGGCAGGGGCGGGCUACGCAGCGUGCGCAGCUGCUGCCGCCGCCGCGUGGAGCCGCAGAUGGAGCCUCCCUCUGGCGCCGCAGAAAGUUCUAAGCUGAGACAUGUAGAAAAAGAUGUUUUGAUUCCACAAAUAAUGAGGGAUCGAGCCAAGGAGCUGUGUUCAGAUAAAGUGCAAGCAUUUACUAAAUGCUGUCAAGAAACUGGUCUUCUUAUGGUGGUGAAGUGUCGGCAAGAGAACACAGCACUGAAAGACUGUCUAGUUGGCUACUAUUCUGAUCCAUUGUUCUAUGAAGAAUGCAAAACAGAAUAUUUGAAGCAAAGAGAAGAAUACAGAGCAACUGGAAUUAAGAAGAAAAGACAGAAGCUUACUUCAAAUGUGUAGUUAAAACUUAAAGUGAACUUUUCAAAUUUUAUAUCCAACUUUGAUUUGACUUGAUUUAAACAGACUUAAAUCAUCUGUACCCCUCUGUGUGGACUAUAACUGAAAUACACAAAAUGAUAUGAAUGGAGAAUAAAAUAAUCUCUGAACUUAAAUGUCAGGUUUUUAAUUUGCUGUAGUUACAGUUACAACGCAUGCUGUCACACUUUGCAAGGAAAGUUGCAAAGGUCUGUUCUUCCAUCUGGACCUGAGAUUUUGUUACCAAUUUACAAAUGGUCUUUUGGAAUUUAAAGCUUGCGUCUAGUUAUGUGUGGCCAGCUACAUAAAAACUUAAGGGUGAAUAAUUUAAGUUGUAUUAACUGAUCACAAAUUGGGUAUACAUUAGAAUUGGUCUAUUUGUCAUCUGGAGCUGAGGGUGUAUGGAGAUGCUUUUGAUGCUCUUACUAGAAGAGAAGAGUGGCAAAUGCAGAAGGGAACAGCUUCUUGGACCAAUUUGAUUUAUCUUUUUCUUGAAAAUGUUGAGUCAUAGGAGAGCCUGAUAGUACUUUUGCCUACAUUGUGACUCAUUUUCAAGUCUACAUUGCCAGAAGAGAUGGAUGCCCCAUGCCCCUGUGUGGCCCAGACUGACUGUUUUCACUCCAGAGGAAAAUGUCAUCUGAUCUAGACCUUCCCUGAGAAUGGGGAGAAGGCAUGCUGAAGGCAAAAUCAUUGAGACCAGUAGCCUCCCCUGCUUUCUUCUUUCAGAAUGAAGAUGAUUGUAUAAGCUUCCACACUUAAGGAUUGAGCGAGUGACCACACUUGCAAAAUUAUUACGGAUAGAGGUGAGCAAACAACUAAG